CUGAUGUGCUGAGAAAUGUCAGGGCUUCAGUACCUGGGAAAAAUCUGGAAGGGAUAGAUGGAUGUGGUGCCACAUCUAUGCAGCUAUAUUUUGCAGGCAUGCACUUUUUUAUGCUACUCCUGAAGACUGGGCUAGAAUAACUUUCCCAAACUUAAGUCUUUCUUUGAAUAAUGCUGCAAGAAGCCCACUGACAAGCUCUGAAAAGUUUUACCUUUGCCUUCUGCCUUUUUUAUUCUUCUCCUCCCUUGGGCAGGGAUAGUGUGGUGUUAUUCAUUCAUGGACAGCAGGGGGGGAGAAUCAAAUCUGAAAAGGGCUAGAGGCAAAGCUCAUAAGAAGGAGAGCUCUGUACUUUGAAAUUCCUGGUUAGCUCAUUGCCUUUUUAAAAAUCUGCAUAUGGUAAAAUGCCUCACACUCGUCCUAGGAACCCAAGUCCAAUCCCAAUCCCAGAGGUGACGUGGGACUCUGGGCUGAAGGAGAUGAAUGAGACAUGGAAAGGAGGGAUCGCCUGCCUUGGGGUGGCUGUGUUCUUUGUGAUGACAAUCGGGAUUAUUUACUGGCAAGUGGUGGACCAGCCAAGCAAGAACUGGAUCCUGAAGGGAAGUGCCAGUGGGCUGCUCUGGGAACGCAAGGCUCGCUCCCUCAUCCUGCAGACUCUCAAGGAGGAGAAAACCGUGUUGGAGAUUCACAUGAGAAGCUUUCCAGAUGUGGAUGUGCCUUUCCUGAAAGACCUGUGUUGGCUGAACAAGACAGAGUUCUGCUCCACCUGGGAAGCCAUGGCGGAUUUGACCAUCUCCUUGGGGCCCAGCUUCGCUUCCAGCACAGAGUGCUAUGGCAUCCACUGGCGUCCUCUUCACUGCCAAGUUAAGCUAAAGGACUGUUUUUCUAUGCUCAAUAUUUCCUGGUAUGGAGGAGCAACUGCCAGCAAUCAGCAUUGGCCUCUGAACAGUGUGGACAUCAAGUCCCAACCAUUCAUUAUUAGUAAUCUGACCCAAAACCCCAGGGCUUUUGGAUCUGUCUUAGAAAGAUAUUUCUUGGGAUCUACUGGGGUGACCGUGAUUAUUGCCUCCGAUAUUCCUCUCUCUGUCUCAGUAGAGAGGAACAAACAGUUUUGCCUGGAGAGUCCCUUGGGCGCAGACAUGGUCCCCUUGCAGUACACUGUGUGUGUCAGUCCUAACAUCACUUCUGCCCAUCAGAGAGUGGGAAGCCGGCUUUCAGGGCAACAGAGACAGCUGCCAGAGACCGACCUACUUGGGUUGCCUGUUUGGAGGUAUCAUGGAGCAGCAGAUUCGGCUGCCAAAAUGGAGCGAGGAUUAAGGUCUUUCUCCAAUAGGUUGCAAAGGCAUCUCGUGGAAGGGCUAAUCUCUCUCAGCGAACAUUCCACAGCGCUACUUCGUAACAUGGACAACACAGAUUUACCUGUUGUGAGAAGAAAAAGAUUGAACACUCUCAGACCCGACGUGGACUACUCACUUAUAAAAUCUCUAAAACUUGCUAUAGCUUUGUCCCCUUACACAAGCAUCAACUCUCACCUUUUUCAGAGGUCUCUGCAGGAAGGCAAAGAAGAUUUUUGGCUAAGCCAUCAUUCAGAAUUGAGUGGCUACACGGUGCCUCUGCUCACCAGAUGGAAGGGACAGUUUUCGGCUCGUCUGAAUGUAACCAACCAGGCAGCAGUAGUCUGGUACAUGGACCAAGCGAAACUCUUGAAGCAGCAGUUAGGAGCAGAGUAUGUGGCUUUUGAAGGUGGCGAAGGCAACUUAUUUAUGGAGCAAGCCAUCCCUCCUCCCCCAGAACUCAGAGGAGACACAUACGCUUACACUUUGGCCUUGAUGGCAGCCACACUGGGAAACACAUCAAUUAGUGCUGCAACAAGGGCCAGCCAUCUACCACUUUUUCACCAAAUGAACCCACGUCAAUCUGACUGGAGCUAUGCUGGUUUAAAAGGGAUCAUUCCAUCUGUACUUCACUACAGUCUUCUUGGUUACAACUUUUUUAUUCCAGAUGCAAUAGGUGGAACUCUUGCAAGUGAAUUUCUGACUGAUGAAGAACUAUAUAUUAGAUGGCUGCAGAUUGUGACUUUCCUUCCAGUUAUGUCCUUCUGUACUCCACCAUGGGUCUGCUGUGAUGACUGGGUUCUGAAUCUCACCAAGCACUAUAUUCAAAGACACCAGAAUUUCGUGGUACCUCUCAUUGAAAAGUACAGCAAGCAGUGGCUCUCCAUGGGAUAUCCUAUUUUCCGAGCCCUGUGGUGGCUGAGUCCCAGUGAUCCCAUCACUUUUACCAUUGAUGAUGAAUUCCUCAUAGGAGAUGAGGUGCUUGUUGCCCCAAUAACAGAACAAGGACAGAGUCAGAGAGACAUCUAUCUACCUGGAGAAGGUCAGAAAUGGAUGGACACUAACACUGCAGAAGUCUUUGAUGGAGGAACAUUCAUCCGGAACUAUUCUGUCACCAUUGUCGAUGUGCCUGUUUUUAUCAUGAUUUCUUAGGUACUGCUGGACUGUCCCAAAUCCCACCUGUACCUCAGAGAAGUACCACUGAUAAGGAGAAGCUGCUCUUCUUCUUUUAAAAAAAAGAGCUUUGGUUUCAGCAAGGUGCAUCUUUUCCAGGAACAACACAUUAAAGAAAGUGAUAGACGCA